AUGGUAGAUUUUGUUCAUUCCAACAUCAUCUGUCGCUUUGGUAUCCCAAAGAACAGUAUCACUGACAAUGCAGCCAAUCUAAAUAGUCAUUUGAUGAAGGAGGUUUGCGAGCAAUUUAAAAUUGUGCAUCUCCACUCUACCCCUUACCAUCCAAAAGCCAAUGGAGCCGUUGAAGCGGCAAACAAGAACUUCAAGAAUAUUCUUAGGAAGAUGAUCCAAGGGUCCAGGCAAUGGCAUGAAAAAUUGCAUUUUGCUGUUUUGGGAUACUGGACGAAUGCUCGCACAUCUGUUAGGGCAACUCCUUAUCUGUUGGUAUAUGGAACUGAAGCUGAGAAAGAAGUUUUUGAUCAUAAGAUAGUUGGAGUUAGUUUUGAUAACGCGUCAGCAACUCAGCGUCUCAAGAUUCAUCUUCUCAAUUCCAGAUCAGGAAAGAAAGCAAUCGAGAAUGAGCCAUAA